AUGGCGGCGCGCUUCACCCUUCAGGCCGCGUCUCUCCGCGGGGCGCUCCGGGGAUCAUGUUACCUGCGUGCCCGCUUAUCGGCCUCCGUUACCGGGAUCAGGUUCGCUUCCCAAGAACAUAAACCGGGCCUGGUUGAGUCCACGGAGGAGUACAAGUUCGUGGAACGGCUCAUCCCGCCAUCCAGAGUCCCGGACCCGCCCCGGCACCCCGGUCCCUCCCCGUCGGGCUGGGCCCCUCCGGCCGGUUCCCCUCCGUCUCUCCCCUACUUUAUCCACCGCUCACGGAUGCACAACAUCCCGGUGUACACCGACCUGACGCACGGCAACCGGAAGACGACGCUGGUGCGGAAGGUGGAGGGCGACAUCUGGGCCCUGGACCGGGACGUGAGGGAGCACCUGAGGGGGGUCACGGGCCGGGAGCAGCCCACGCAGGUCAACGAGGUCACCAUGACGCUGAGGGUCAAAGGUCACUUCGACAAGGAGCUCAAGGACUGGCUGCUUAGUAAAGGCUUCUGA